AGCUAGAGCUACUGUCUAAUGAGAAUCGUCUUCUCGGGGAAACUUUUUGAGUUGAUGCUUAAUCUAUAAAAGCUUUGCAAUAUACAAAACCUAGUCUAUUUGUGUUUUGACGUGUUAAAGGAAUAAGAAUGAAAAUCUGCUUGAUAUUACUCGCUGGAUUGUCAGCUGCCUCGGCUCAAGGUUUAUUUGGUGGAUUUGGCCAGCUAGUACCAACAUUACCACCAACAGGAUUUUUUGGACAGUCAUUUUCUAAAAUUCCUUUGUUGAAUAAUGUUCAGGACUUUGGAGAAUUUGUGAAACAAUCUGGAAAGACGUAUGCAACAGCUGCUGAACAAACAUUGCGUGCAGGAAUUUUUAAGGCUAAUCAAGCCUUGAUUGAAACAAAUAACCAAGCGUUUGCUUUAGGCAAAAGUACAUUUAAAUUAGGUGCAAAUAUAUUUUCUGAUUUGUCAAAAGCUGAUAUUUUGUCCAAGCUUACUGGUUUGAAAAGGAAUUCUGUGGGAGAUCAAAAAGCUCAAGCCCAUAGACAAGAAGCUGUUGCUCCUAAAAACGCAAAAAUUCCCGAUAGUUUUGACUGGAGGGAAAAGGGAGGAGUUACUCCAGUUAAAUUCCAAGGUUUUGAUUGUAAUUCUUGCUGGUCAUUUGCUGUUACUGGAGCUGUUGAAGGUCAUCAUUUCCGCAAGACCAACUCUUUGAUUCCACUAUCCGAGCAAAAUUUGAUUGAUUGCAGUUCAGAUUUUGGUAAUACUGGUUGUUCAGGUGGAUAUCAAGAAUACGGGUUUGAGUACAUUAUCCAAAAUAAAGGUGUUGCCAAGAGCGACCCCUACCCAUACAAAAUGCAAGAUGACAAAUGUAAAUACAACAAAAAUACUAAAGGUGCUGACAUGAAAGCUUUUGCUGUAAUCGAACCUGGCAAUGAGGAAAAAAUGAAGGAAAUUAUUGCUACCCUUGGACCUUUAGCUUGUUCAAUGAAUGCUGCUACUGAGUCUUUUGUUUUAUACAAAGAAGGUAUUUACGAUGAUGAAGAAUGUAACAAAGAAGAUGUGAAUCACUCGGUUUUGGUUGUUGGAUAUGGCUCAGAAAAUGGCAAGGACUAUUGGAUUGUUAAGAAUUCAUGGACUGAUAAGUGGGGUGAGGGCGGUUAUGGUCGAAUUCCUAGAAACAAAAACAGUUUCUGUGGAAUCGCAUCAGAAUGCAGUUAUCCAAUUUUGUAAAUUUACGGUUAAUAGAUGCUACUAAAUGAAAUGCAAUCUUUUGUGUACUAAAGUUUUCAAAUGAAUAAGAAGAACUAAGAAAGUGUUAAUAAAAAAAAUUCAGAGAAAUAUCUAAAA